AUGGGCGACGCAAUCUCCAAAGGCAUCAAAAGCCUGCUGGCUUUCACCUACGGUCUUUUCACUGUCGUGUUGUAUGCGUUGAUCGCCAUCAAGAAGGGCACCUUUUUCAAAAAACGCACCGAGCGGCAGAACUUAGAGUUGCAGUUGGGCCGAGAUCGCCUCUGGAACCUAUCAAAGGAUUACGCUGGCCUAUCGCAUCACUUCUUGACUCUCACGGAUGGAUUCAAGUUCCAUUUUGUCAGCAAUGAAGCUCCCGGCUCUCCAGCCGCACUGGCCGCAGAUCGACCGCUGGUGAUUUUCAUCCAUGGCUUCCCUGACAGCUGGGCCAUCUGGCGUCACAUUGCCUCUUCGUCCACCCUCCAGGCCGCCGCCAAUCUGGUCGCCAUCGAUAUGCCUGGGUAUGGUGGCACACAAGGCCUGGAUAAGUAUUCAGCCACCAAUCUGCUGGAGAAGCUGGCCGAACUCGUUAUCGCGCUUCGCUCGCAAUAUGGUGUGGAUGAUGGGACUCAGGCCAACAAGAAGCGGGUGACGAUUGUCGCGCACGACUGGGGCUGUGUGUUGGCGAUGCGACUCGCGGCCGAGGCGCCGUCGCUGGCCCAUCGAUUCAUUUUGACCAACGGACCAUUGCCAAGCCUGGCGCGAUCCAACGUGAGUCGUAUGCUGUCCUCCGCGUCCAAGAUGUUCAAAACUGCCAUGGCGGCGCCCUUGUCGGGCCGAGCUCCCCUGAUGCAAGCUCUACGAACCCUGGGCCCGGUCUUCCGCCAAGCUAUGAUGUCCGGCUACAUCUUCGCCAUGCAGCUUCCUCCCUCCCUGGUCACUUACUUCCUCGUGGGCGGCAAUCAAUCGCUCAUGAAGGGUGUGCACGAACGCGCCCAUGGAGACGAUCCGUUUACUCCCAGUGACGAGGGCACCUCCAUGGCCAGCAGUAUGGGCCCUUCGCUGGCCGAAUCCAAGACCCAGACUGCCAAUGGCGAGUCAUACCCUGCCACCAUUGAUUACUCGCACGACUUUGCCAACAUCAUGAACAUGGCCCACUACUAUCGCCAGGGGGCCGCUGUCGCCCGGUGGCACAAGUCGGCCCAGACUGUGGCCAGCCUGCACAGCAUCUCUGCCAGCCGCCAGCUUCGUCAUCCCAGUAGCGGCACUGGUCUCCUGGAUGACGGCCUCGCGGGGGCUCUGCAAGCUCCCGCGACCGUGCUCUGGGGUCAGAAGGAUAUGGCGCUGAGUGCGUCGGUGUGUCUGGACGGAUUGGCGGACUAUCUGACGUCCCACAGUCAGGUGGUGAUGCUCCCCGACUCUGGUCACUUCACCCCCAUCGAGCAGGGGAGUCGGGCGGCUCUCACCAAGGCGGUUGAGUGGGCUCUUCACGGGGAGCAGGGCGAUAUCGAGGCCGUUAUUCGGGAGUGCUACCCCAGUGCUGUCGUUGUGGCUCGCCGAUGA